CGGCCAACGCUCGGCGCUGCCCGCGCGGCGCGGCCAAUGGGCUCAUUGACAUGCAAAUCGCGGGGUAUAAAAGCGGCGGCGCGGGGCGGGAGCGGCGCGCAGGGAGCGGAGCGGCCAUGGCGCCGGGCACGGACCGCCCGCCGCACGGCGAGGGCUGCGCGGGGCCCCGCGGCGACCGGAGGACGAGGAAGCCGCUGGUGGAGAAGAAGCGCCGGGCGCGCAUCAACGAGAGCCUGCGGGAGCUGCGGCUGCUGCUGGCCGACAGCGAGUUUCAGGCGAAGCUGGAGAACGCGGAGGUGCUGGAGCGGACGGUGCGGCGGGUGCGGGCCGCGCUGGAGCGCCGCGCCCGCGCUGCCCCGGCAUCGACGCCACCACGGCGGCCGAGCUGCUCAACCACCUGCUGGAGUCCAUGCCCCUCAGCGAGGGCGGCUGCCCGGACUCGCUCACGGACCUUGCGGCGGAGCCGGCGCUCGGGCCCUGGCCCGCCGGCGAAGUGCCGGUGCCGCCGGCCGCAGCCCGCCCGGGCCCGGCGCUGCCCGCCCCCGGCCCGCAGACCCGCUCCGGCUCGGGCUCGGCGGGGGCCGGGCCGGGCCGCACCGACACGGACGGACUGCACGCGUCCCAGACGCGGGGCCUGCCCUCGCCCGGCUCGCCCAAAUCCAUGUGGAGACCCUGGUAACACGGAGAGGAGUCAGCGCCGACCUGCCUGUGGGGUGGGCAGCGUGCCCGCACGGCCGCGUGUUCCGUGUGAGUGUUUGUGUGUCUGUCCGUGUGCCUGCCCGUGUGAGUGUCCGUGUGUGUGUGAGUGUCUGUGUGUGUGAGUGUCCGUGUGAGUGUGUGCGCGGCUGGCAGCGCUGUCACUGCGGACUCAGCACUGAUGCUGUCGCACCCUGACAGCCUAAUCGGGAACGCGUUAACAUUUCAUCCCCUGUGUGUGGCAUUUUGUAACUUUUGGGGUUGUUUUUACGAGAGGAUGGGGGGGGGGAGGAGGGAAGUGGUUUGUAGUAGCAGAGCUCUCUGGUGGAGACACAGCAGUUAUUUUAUAACUCUGUUUCUUCUUGGCCCUUAGAAGCGGCCCAAACGCCACUACCUUUUGAGCAAAAACCCUUGUGCAUUUUAAAUCAUGAUAGUUAAUUCUGGGAGAAGCUGGAGCUAAGUCUGCAUGCACGGUUUUAAGCAUUCUAGUGAUAGCACAGACCCCUGAAAGGUGUCUGUACCUGAUAGCAGCCUAAAGUCUCACCUUUAGCAAAGGGAGAGAAAACUAGAAACUUGGUGGAAAUAGACAUUUUAAAAGAUGUUGGUGACAGGGUGCCUUUUAGAAAUGAGUGUUUUUAUGCACAUUUUGCUUUUAGCACAUUUGAAUUUAUUGUGACUUUAUGUAUAUUAGGGUGUCAAGUGGUUUUUUUUUUUAAUCUUUAAUAAAAAAACCCUGAAUUCACAACGUGGCA